AUGACGAUUUUACCAUUUCUUGACAUAAAAGCAACACCCAUACGUUCAGUUGAAUCACCUCGAUUAUCCAGAACACAAUCAUUACCACGUAUAGGUGAUUCGAAUAAAUCUCCACGUCAACAAUCACUUAAUUCAUCGGAUACAUUAUCAACAGCAUCAUCAUCAUUAAUACGUUGUUCAAUUCCACCAAUACGUAAACGUACACCCAAAAUAAAAAUUACUCGUCGUUCAGAUGAAAUAUUGAAAAAAUUACCACAUGAAAAAACACCUGGCAUUUGUGCACAUAAUCCCAUUUGGAAACCAUUAACACGCGAACUUCCUGAUUAUGAUUAUUUAUGGGAACCAUUACAACGUGAAGAUAUACGUCAUCAAUAUGAUUAUUAUAUAGCACCACAACGUAUUAUUGCUAGUCUACCUGAUGAACCAUUUAAAAUGACAACAAUGUAUGAAACUCCAGACAGACAUUAUCAUAAUUAUAAACGAGUACGAGCUAUGCAACAACGACAAUGGAAUAAAGAACAUAUACAAUAUACAAUUUAUCCAUAUGCAAAAAUAGAUGAACGUGAAAUGUAUAAUAAACAGAUUAGAUCAACACUUAAAGAACAAAUGAAAGAAAAAAUUCAAGCAGAUAAAAAUGAACAAUCAAUUAAAAAUCUUGAAUGUCAAAUUCUUAUUCAACGAGAUCGACAAGAUUUAGAAGAUGAUAAACAAAAACAAGAUAAACGAGCUCAAUUAUUAUUUAAAGUUACUACUAGAAAUAAAGACUUAAUGGAGAAUAAAUGGGAAUAUGAUCAAUGGAAUCGUAUACAUCAAUGGCAUGUUGAACGAACUAUAUUAGCUGAUGAUCCAAUCAAUUGGAGCAAAACUAUGACUUAA